CUCUGUAAUCAUAAGAAAAAGAUAAAUAACUGAAGGACAAAGGACUUUCCUAUUAAAAUUAAGAGCUCAUACUUGGAGAGAAUUUAGUAUAAAGUUAAAAAAAAAUAGUAGAUUUUUUUGGCCUUCCCUAUAGCAUAUAUCAAUUUUUUAUUUUAUAACUACUAUAAAUUUAUCAAAACAGAUUUGGUAAUUUUAAAAUGAUAUUACUUCAAUUACAGGUAUAUGAAUUACCUAUUUCGGAAGUAAAUAUUGAAGAGUUUUCACUUCAAACAAUUGUAAAUGCAUUAAAAUUUAAUGCUUUACCUGAAAAUUGGAGCUGGACAACCGAUUUGCUAGACUCUAAGAAACUUGUCUUGUGUUAUAUAGACAAAGUUUCUAUGAAAUUGAAGUUUCGCGUUAAAAUUAAUCAAAACUUUAAAGUCUGGCUGAGCAAUAUUAAAACUGAUAAGUUGAUUGACUUGAACAAAAGUUUUUCAAAUAUAUCCGAUUUCUGGAAUUUUUUAAGAGAAUCGGUGAAAUAUACGUUAUGUGACGGAACUGGAUUUGAUACAGAAAAAUGUUCUUCGGAUUGCACUGGUGUGCCAUUAUCUCAUGAAGAGUACAAAAAGCAAAUGAAUGGUUUUCGUUGUGUAGCUUGUCGAAAAGUAAGAAAUAAAUUACAGAAUCAAUCUUAUAAAACCAAGUCUGAUUACAAAGAGCGUUAUGAUAAUUUGAAGUACCAGGAGAGUCUUAAAAAUAAACAAAUUGAACGUCUCCAACGCAAGAAUAAGUUGCUCAAAAAAAUAAUUGAUACACAAAAAGCCAAUUGCUUAGCUAUCAAAGAUGAUGCUUUAAGAGCUGAAAUUUCAAUUUUACCUCCUAUACAACAACUUGCAAUACGUGUUUGUUUCAACGCUGCAAAAGUAUCUAAUCCGAAGCAGAGAAGAUAUACGGUACAGUGGGUGUAUGAAUGUCUUUUACUUCGCAUUAAAAGUGCAUCUGUGUAUGAUAGAUUAAGAGAACGAGAAAUUUUAACGCUUCCGUGUAAAGACACUCUUAACAGAUAUAUACAGAAAUUGGACAGUGCUUUUGGCUUUCCUUUAGCUGUGUUUGACACUCUACGUAUAAAAAGUGGAAGUAUGGAAGUACAUGCGAAACGGGGUACACUUCUAAUCGACGAAGUAGCUUUAAGCGAAGCCAUCAAGUUAAAUCGAAAAACCAUGCAGCUAGAUGGCUUUGUCAAUUUAGGAGCACAUACACCACAAAAUCUUCAGGACACGCGGGCUGAUCAUGCCCUAGUGUUCAUGUUCCAGCCUUUCCAAGGUGAUUGGGUGCAAGUUGUUGGCAGUUUCCUCAGUAGGAAUUCCGUAACUAGUGCUAUUCUACACAAAUUACUCAUAGAAUUUAUAAUACUAUUGGAAAAUGCUGGGUUGUUUGUGGAUGUUAUUACCUCAGAUGGUGCACAGUGGAAUCGAGGAGCGUGGACACUUUUUGGUAUCAAAGAUGGUCAAUGUAGCUGUGAACAUCCAUGCAACUCUGAUCGAAGACUAUACUUUGUUUCAGACUUUCCACAUUUAAUUAAAUGUUUUAGGAACAAAAUUUUGGAGAAAUUGUUUUUUUGGACACCGGAUGGUUUUGUAAAGAAAAGUCACUGGGAAACUCUGUUAAUUCAUGAAAAUUAUCUCAAAGCCAAUUUGAAAAUAGCUUAUAAACUAACUCCACAACAUUUGAAUCCAGAAGGUUAUCAAAAAAUGAACGUUCCUUUGGCCUAUCAGUUAUUUUCCAAAGACAUUCAAGUUGCCAUGAAAGUAUAUAAAAAUAAAACAGAAGAGCUGAGAGACUGUGACUGUACGAUUGCUUUCAUCGAAAAAGUGAAUAAUUUAAUUCAAGCGAUGAGUUCACGUACGCCUUCAGGUGCUUUGCGUUCAGAUCCGGAGUGUCCUCGAAGAAGGGCAAUAACUGACUUUUUAAGUUAUUUAAAAAUUUGGGAAGCUAAAGCAAAUGAGGAGAAAGAACUUAAUAAAAAGAAUAAGAAGAAGAAGAAGAAGAAACAAAAAGAGAAUAAUGAAAGUGACGAAAAUGAAAAAUUUUUCUUUGCCAUUACUCCCAGUACACUAAAUGGAUUAAAAAUUACGUUGCAAUCGACUCUUGAGUUGAGUGACUUUCUGCAAAGAGAGUGCAACUUUGAUUAUUUAAUGACGUCACGCCUAAACCAGGACCAAUUAGAAAAAUUCUUUGGCAUAAUGCGAAGUGUUUGUCGGUGCAAUGACCACCCUGAUACCAUUCUUUUCGGGCAAGUUUUUCGUCUAUUAUGUUCCUACUCAUUGGUCACCCCACCGAAAGGGUCCAACGUUACUGCUGGCGAGCUUCUUCAAUCUUUUAUGCAGACAAAAGAAUCUUUUGCUGCUGCAAAUACGUUGAAAAAAAAUUGGCUUGCAGAUAUUGAUGCUGUUAUUGAAAAUGGGAUUGUUAACAACGAAGCUUCAUUUCCCGGAGAUAUCAAUGGUAAUACUGCCCUUCAAAAGGUUUCUGUUGCUAAAACACCUUUCGAGAGUGUGCUUGACGAAGAUAGUGAUGAAGAAGCUGUGGACAAUGGUUGUUCUUUUGUUAGAAAACCAUUUGAAAGUAUUUUAGAUGAAGACAGUGAUUGUGAUGUUGAUGAAAAUGAACAUUCACAUCAGGAUUAUUACGACCCGUUUAAUGAUUUAUUGGACAUGGAAAAUUCUAAUGGUAACUCUUUAGAUGAGUGCCAAGAGAACACUGAUCGUAGUCAAGAUGAAGAAGAAGAAGAUCCCGAUUUUCGUGAUGAUCCACAUUAUCAUCAUGAUUAUGAUGUUGUUUCUACAAGUGAUGGUGUAGUAGCUUACAUCGCUGGAUAUAUGGCGCGAAAAGUUCAACGAUUAUCCCCAUGUUGUGACUGCAUCGAAACCUUACGCUCUGAUAAUCCUUCUCAACGUGCCGAAGUCAUAGAAUUAAUGAGCAAUGGUGAAUUGACAUUUCCUAGUGAUAAUCUUUUUAAAUUAAUAAGAAAACUCGAGAAAAUUGUUCUAACUGUUGUCGGUACUAAAACAGUGAAUAUAAAUACCAUGCAUAAAGUUUUAGAGAGAGUAGCUAGAGCUAAGUAUUUACCUAUUUUAGGCUGUGAUACUCAUAAAAAAAAACUUAUGGCUAAGAUUUUAAAUAAUUUUAUAGUGAUGCGCGGAAAUUUUCUAGUUAAUCUAAUUAAUCGGACUCUAAAUGAACGAAAAAACAUGACAAAAAAAACAUCGCAAAAAUUCCAAAUUGUCUUAAAUAAUAAUAAUAAUAAUCUUUAUUAUAGAUAA